CAGUAUCAUUAUGAAUUGGUCAGUCCAGAGAAGGGAGCUCACUGAUCGACAUCUCAUAUCUCCUGGAAAGAAUAAACUUGAAUGAAAAAUGACUAACAUCAUAGCAAAGAUAAGAAUAGAAACUGGUGCUCCCUCAGAAGAAGUUCGGCUUAUAGCUGAGAAGGAACUGAGAGAGACGCCGGACAGAGUCAGAAAAGCAACUACAGCUCUUCGAGAACUUCUGAGGUCUGACACAACGUUAUAUUUCCGGGACGAUGAUGAGUUCCUUAUCAGAUUCCUGCGGCCCACCAAGUUCUACCCUGAGAGCGCACUGCAGCUGAUGAGAAGAGCUGCAGAGUUCAAGCUGAAGAAUGCAUCCAUAUUGGACAACUUAAUGCCCGCCGAUGAGGAGAAGUCGUUUCUGGAGAACCACGUAGUAAAUGUGUUAGUGGACAGGGACCAAAAGGGUAGACGGAUACUUGUAACGUAUAAUGGAGCAAUUUGGGAUCCCUCUAAAGUGAGUGCAGACCAGAUAUUCAGGAUAUUCUACCUUAUACAUCUAGCAGCGAUGAAAGAGCCUCAAUCGCAGAUCUGCGGAACUGUGGUCAUUAUGGAUUUCGAUGGCUUAGGAAUGAAACAAGUGAAAGGGCUUACACCUUCUUUCUCCAUAAGACUUCUAACCUUCAUUCAGGAAGCAAUGCCAUUACGACUGAAAGAAGUUCACAUCGUUAAUCAACCGUACCUAUUCAACGUGGUGUGGCAAAUGUUCAAGCCCUUCGUUAAAGAUAAACUGAAGAAGAGGAUGUUCUUCCAUGGAAAGAAAAUGGAAUCGCUACAUGAACACAUAGAUCCUGCCUACCUGCCCGAAAACUAUGGCGGUAAACUUCCCAAGAUCAAUUACUCGAGUGUAGAUUGGUAUCCUGUCAUCAGAAGCUUGGACGAUGACUUCAAGGAGUGGAAUUCCUUUGGUAUCGUUGAGAAGAAGUGAAGAGGAGAUGAAGUGGCAACCUUCGGUGAAGUGGCUGCAGACGAAAGCAAAAAUAUUUGCGGAACUGUCAUGCAUAUGACAUUCAUUUCCACUCACACGUUACCUCAAUGCCAUCUCUACUUGACACAAUCGGUGUCCUUGUCCAUUCCAUAUUGAAUAUCAAGUCUCGCACUCAAGUUCAUAUAACCAUAUCUGUAAACUUUAGCAUAAUCAAUUACUUCAGUUAUAUUAUCCCUCUUCUAUAAAAAAAUAACAUUUUAACCAAUUCUUAGAGAGUUGCAGUGCAUUUGGAUUUUGGUGAUUUUUUCUUUCUCAAAAGAAGUAAAAUUUUGAAGUAUUGCGCAAAAUCAUUUUAUAAUAAUCCAGAGAUAAUUUGAUGCAAUUUAAUAAUGUUGGCGAAAUAUAACACCAUUCAACACUACUCUUCUACAUUUCCUUGCGCAAUUCUUCAAGAACUGAUCUUAAUACAGAUUAAAGAGCAAAACAAAGGCAACAGUUGUUUCUGCUAGAUGUCAGACAUUGGUGUAGCUUCAUGAUGUUUGAUUCUUCCACAAUUCAUUUUAAUAAAAGCAAAUUUAAUCUGUUAGUAAAUGUUUAUGGUAAUGUGUAAUUUAUAUUGAUUAAAAGCCACAAGUAAUUAAAUAUUGAAAGAUGGCCAGCGAAUUUUCUUUUGUUAAGUUCGCUAGUGAUCAAUGAACUCAAGCCAGAACGGCUACUUUUUAAAAUAAGAUAUUUAAUGUAUGUUGUGGGAGGGCUUAGAAAAUAUUUUAUUUGCAAGUUUCAAAAUUUACCAUAUAAUCAGGAACAAAAUUACAGUAUUUCACUAAUAUUCAAUUAACACCAUGUGAUAUUUAUGGAAAUUAGUUAUGUAAUUGCUUACAACGGGUGAACUGUUUCGACAAAUAGGGUCUAACGCAUUCCAUAAUCCUUCUAUUGAUCGUUAUCCCAAAAUAUGAAACUUCUGUGAGCUCACUGUCAUACUCAAAAUACUGUCACGAUUUAGAGUGACUACAGACGGGGUUUCGCAUAAUUGGAAUUACUGACCAUUUUCAGGCCGUAAAUAAAAAUAACUAUAACACUA